AUUUACGUAUAGCUCCAAAUACGUUUUCACAUGGAGGUUACGUGGAGGCCACUCAUCGGACUCCGGCGCGCACGCACUCACUUGGAAACCCACGCCUCCUCACUCAGAUCCAAGUCAAUUCUCCCGCAUCGGAAUCGGCGAAGAUUCAGUCGAGGUGGGAAUGGGGGAGGGGAUGAACGGCGAGGCCGGCCUCGCAGCGGCGCCGUACGACCAGUGGGUGCUGCUCGGCCCCGCCGAGGGGUCCCCGCGCCCGUCCGCGCGUUACAAGCAUGCUGCGGAAGUGGUUCAAGAUAAACUCUAUGUGGUAGGAGGAAGUCGCAAUGGUCGUUCUCUAUCAGAUGUCCAGGUUUUUGAUUUUAGGACAUUCAUGUGGUCAGCAUUGAAUCCUACUAGAGACCCAAAUCAGCUGAAUCAUGAAAAUAAUGCCUCAGACCGAUCGUUCCCAGCAUUAGCAGCACACAGUUUGGUCAAGUGGAAAAAUAAUCUUGUGGUUGUAGCUGGGAACAUGAGAUCACCAUCAUCAUUAAACAAGGUUUCAGUUUGGCUUAUUGAUGUAGAAACGAAUAGCUGGUCUGCUCUUGAUACUUACGGAAAAGUCCCAAUAGCUCGAGGUGGUCAAUCUUUAUCCCUACUUGGUUCUCGAUUAAUAAUGUUUGGUGGAGAGGAUAACAAGCGAAGGCUACUGAACGACCUUCAUAUACUUGACUUGGAGACAAUGAUGUGGGAAGAAGUUAAAACAGAGAAAGACGGUCCGGCUCCUAGAUACGACCAUUCAGCUGCUGUUUAUGCUAAGCAGUAUCUUUUGAUCUUUGGUGGCUCCUCUCACUCUACAUGCUUCAAUGAUCUUUACCUGCUUGACUUGCAAACUCUGGAGUGGUCUCAACCUGACACCCAAGGUGCACAUAUAACUCCUAGAAGUGGUCAUGCUGGUACCAUGAUUGACGAAAACUGGUACAUUGUUGGUGGUGGAGAUAAUGCAAGUGGUUCCAUUGAUACAAUUGUAUUGAAUGCUUCCAAGUUUGUCUGGUCAGUGGUCACCAGUGUGUCAGCUCGAGAUCCACUAGCUUGCGAGGGUCUCACUCUUUGCUCAACCAUAGUUGAUGGCGAAAAAUUUCUAAUCGCUUUUGGAGGUUACAACGGGAAAUACAACAAUGAGAUCUUUAUUCUGAAACUCCAGCCAAGAAAUCUUGUGCAACCUCGUCUUCUCCAAUCACCAGCCGCAGCCGCAGCCGCCGCCUCUGUGACAGCUGCCUAUGCUGUAAUUACUGCUACAGAUGAGAAAACCAGAGAUAUUGUUUCUACAGAUGAUUUAGACGUCAAUAAAGCUCAACCUGCAAGUUCUUCCAAAAAGUUUGUUACUGAAAUCAAGGAACUGGAUGGAGAGAAAGGUAAACUAGAAUCCAAACUGGCAGAAGUUCGUGAUGAAAACUCAAAACUAAAGGAUAAACUAGAUAUGUCAAACUUGUCAUUCGGUGAAUUAGCAAAGGAACUUAAAUCAGUUCAAAAUCAACUAGCAGCAGAGGGUUCAAGAUGCCAGAAACUGGAGUCCCAAAUUGCUGCUGCACGUAAAAGAUUGGAAUCUACUGGUUCAUUGGAGAAUGAGCUAGAAGUAUUGCGGCAACAAAUAUCUCAGGCGGAGCAAACCAUGACAACUUCUCAGAGACAGAAAUCUGGGGGUGUCUGGAAGUGGGUGGCAGGAAGUGCGGAGGUUUCUGAUGAUGAAUACAUUCUUCAUCAGGUUGACAAGCAGCUUCCGAACAGGAAAUGAAACCGGGGGAUCUGCUACAGUUUUGAGACAGUUUGUCUGUUGCAAGUUUCUGGGUGCUUCUUCAAGAUCUUGCUCGUGGUUGAUCUUGAAAAAAUGUCUCCCAAAAUAAUAUUUUGGAUCUCCUUAAGUGGUGGCAUCUGGUAGAAAUUUUCCGUAGGCAGGCUUAGACAUUCAACAAUAAGAGCAUACAAGUAUACCAAAGAUCAUAUUGCAUUGGAAUAUUGGAUAUAUAGCGCUGGUUAUUAGCCCCUGUUUUGUUUACAACAUCUUAUACCUGUUUCUUUGUUGACGGGUAUUACAAGUUAAAGCAAUACGAAAGUGUGCAUUGGUUGUGACGACUGGGAGAAAUACAUUGUUUAUACCAUAAAUUUACAAAUAUAGUUCUGAUGUAUUGUACUCA